CUAGCGCCGGUUGCCACGCGGACUUGGUGGAUGAAUACGCCGCCCUUUCAAAUGAUGCCACAGGUCUGGGAGGCCAGGCAGAGGAAUGCGAAAAACAGUUUCGCCCAUUAACUUGCAGCACCGGAGCAAAACAAAUCCCCAAGCGUAGUAGAAAAGUGUGUUUCUUUUGCAAUUUUGGCUUGGACCAAGCCUUCCCUAAAUCGCCCACGUGUACAUCCAUGUCACCAAUUCCGUUUUGUUUUAGCCAGAGGUGACGGCUUAUGUUAAAUUGGUGAGUUUUUUUAAGAGUUCCGGCAUUUAUAUGGCAUUUAUCAAAGAUCAGGUAUUUAAGUGUUAUUUGGGUGAAAGAUGAGGCGACUGGGUGACUACAUGAAAUUUUCCCAAAAUAAAAAUGAAUUCCAAAAUCCAAAUUCUACAAACGAUCGUCUUCCUCUCUCGUUGACGCCCGCCCUCCCUGCGAAUUGAUCGAUCAAUUCGUCUCCAAUCUCUCUCUCUAUAUUCCAGGUUUUUUUUUAUCCUCAUCUGUUCGGAGGUUAACCGGGUUCUCGGAUCAUCCGCGGUUUUUGGACGAUAAUAACGUCGAAAUGAAAGGUGAAUUACAGAUGGAGCCGUCGGGUGUGGAGAACCCUAGCGACUCCGAUCCCCUGCUUGAAAAUCAACCCGUGGUUGAUUUGCCGUCGUUGCCGGUGCCGGAAAGUUCGAGCGUGAUUAAGAACGAUGAUAUUGAAGCUGGGGCCGUCGCUAGUUGUCGGAUUUGCCUUGAAUGCGAAGGCGAGGAAGAUGAUGAAUUGAUAUCUCCAUGCAUGUGCAAAGGCACUCAGCAGUUUGUACAUCGUUCAUGCCUUGAUCAUUGGCGAUCUGUUAAGGAAGGAUUUGCCUUUUCACAUUGCACAACUUGCAAAGCUCAAUUUCAUCUUCAAGUCACAGAGUUUGAAGACAACACUUGGCGUAAAAUAAAAUUCAGACUUUUUGUGGCCAGGGAUGUUUUCCUUGUAUUUGUGGCUGUACAAACUGUAAUCGCUGCAAUGGGUGGGUUUGCAUACCUUAUGGACAAUGAUGGAGACUUCAGAAAUUCAUUCAAUGAUAGUUGGGACCGUAUAUUGUCAAAGCAUCCCAUACCAUUCUACUAUUGCAUAGGAGUGCUGGCAUUCUUUGUGCUUCUUGGGUUCUUUGGGCUCAUACUACACUGCUCCUCCCUUAAUAGUGACCCACGAAUGGCUGGAUGCCAGAACUGCUGUUAUGGAUGGGGCAUUUUGGACUGCUUUCCGGCAUCAUUGGAAGCCUGCUUCGCUUUGGUUCUUGUAUUUGUUGUUAUUUUUGCUAUUCUUGGCAUUGCUUAUGGUUUCCUUGCUGCCACCGUGGCCAUACAGAGAAUCUGGCAGAGACACUACCACAUUCUCACGAAAAGGGAACUCACAAAGGAGUACAUUGUGGAGGAUCUACAUGGUUGUUACAGCCCUCCAAAGCUGGAUCCAGUACAUGAAGAACGUCUGAAAAUGCUUAAGCUUCUGUAAUGAGAGGGCUGAAGACUGAAGAGGUUAUAGACGUCCAACUUCUCACCACUGGUGUAUAUGUAAAUGGAGAUAAUAUAAUUUUGUUUCGCAAUCAUACUUUGUGGAACGAGAAAGGAUGUUUUCAAUUUCGUCUUUUAUUUACCGAAGAAUGUGAACAAUGUCUUUAUCAAUUAAACUCAACAAAAUCUGGUUACAGAGGUAAUAACAAUAUGUUCAAUAUUCUCCCA